GGCAGAAAAAAAAAAGGGAGCAAAUUGCUGUCAGAGCCAGCAGACACAUGGCAAGGAAAUUGUGGGAUCCUUAAAGUCUCUUACCCAUAGAAGCUCCAUGUGGAAGUCCAUAUGCUGAGGCUGUGUGUUGUGUUCAUCUACCUUUUGCAUGGGGUGAAAACAGAUCCCGGGGAGACAUGUCCUGCAUUCACAGCCCUCGGCUUCGGGAGCGCUUUGAUUGGGACAGAGCUGAAGGUGAAGCUGCUGCUCUACACCCAGCAGAACCCAACCUGUGCCAAGGAGCUCCACUCAACAGCCCCCAAGUACCUCAACGUGACCAAGAAAACCACCUUCAUCAUCCACGGGUACCGAUUCACAGGCUCUGCCCCCGUCUGGAUCCCCGACCUGGUGCACCUCCUGCUUUCUGCAGAGGACAUGAACAUCAUCCUCGUGGACUGGAACCAGGGGGCAACAACCCUCAUCUACAGUUAUGCUUCCAGAAAGUGCAAAAGAGUUGCUGAGAUUCUGAAGAAAUUUAUUGAUGAAAUGCUGAUCAAUGGAGCAUCCCUUGACUCCAUGCACAUGAUAGGAGUGAGCCUGGGAGCACACAUCUCUGGCUUUGUGGGACAGAUGUUUGGCGGUGCACUUGGAAGAAUCACAGGCCUGGACCCAGCGGGGCCCUUGUACCGGGGAACCCCCCCCAGUGAGAGGCUGGACCCCACCGACGCACAGUUUGUCGACGUCAUUCAUUCCGACACCGACGGACUAGGUUACAGAGAAGCACUGGGCCACAUUGACUUCUACCCCAACGGUGGGACCGACCAGCCGGGCUGUCCACUGACAAUAUUUUCUGGAUUGCAGUAUUUUAAAUGUGACCACCAGAGGUCUGUUUUCCUGUUCCUGUCCUCCCUGACACGGAGCUGCAACAUCACAGCGUAUCCCUGCGACUCGUACAGGAAUUACAGGAACGGCAAAUGUACCAGCUGUGAAACCUUCUGGCCUAUGCCAUGCCCCAUCCUAGGUUAUUAUGCCCAUGAGUGGAAAAGCUAUUUAACACAACAGAGCCAUCCAGUGACAAGGAUGUUUUUCGAUACAGCGGACAAAGAGCCAUUUUGCAUUUAUCACUACUUCGUGGAUAUUAUCACAUGGAACAAAGACACCAGGAGAGGAACGUUCAGCAUCGUACUGGCUGAUGAGACUGGGAAGAAGGCAGAAUCCAAAGUUAAUCCAGAAGCUGCCACCUUCCAGCAGUACAACCAAAUUACUUUGCUCACUGGAUUCGACCAGGAUCUUGAAAACGUAGAGAAAAUUUCCUUGACAUUUUCCACAGGAUCUGUCAUUGGCCCAAAAUUCAAACUCAGGAUUCUCCAAGUGAGGUUCCAGUCACUCACAAACCCAGAAAGACCCCAGCUGUGCCGAUACGACCUUGUGCUGACGGAGAACACCCAGAGAACCUUCAAGCCCAUCCCGUGCUGAAGCCGAGACCCGAGGACGCCGUGUCUGGGCGGGGCAGGGACAUUUCACAGCCGUGUGGGGACUCACCUGGCGGUCCCGGGACAUUUCACAGCCGUGUGGGGACUCAUCUGGCGGU